CAGAGGUCAGAAGGGCACUGCAAUUUGCCAGUCGUUGACGGGUUGAGACAAAUGGGUCCUAAUCAAAACAUUCUCCAAGCUGCUGACUCGUGGCUUUGUCCACUGUGAAAUGCCCAUGAGCUAAAUCCCUUUUUUAUAUCUGGUGUCUCCUGUCACCGUCCACCUCUUCCUGCUAUUUUAUUUCGAGAACGUCGCAAGAAACGCUUCUCUGCCCAGCCAUGGCAGGAUUUUGGAAAUCCUUCGCGUCGGUCUCCCUGCUGGCUGCUGGCCUCCCGACAUGGGUCCAGGGUGCUGCUGUCCAGUCCGUCGGUGCCCGUGUCUCAACCAGCAGUGGAUUGAUCGAGGGCCAUGCCGCCCCUGGGGAGUCCAACGUUUCCGAGUAUCUGGGUAUUCCGUAUGCGCAGGCCCCCACGGGUGAUCUGCGUUUUGCGUCCCCAGUGGCGUAUGAGUCAAAUGGCACAGUUCGUGCAAAAGCCUAUAGCCCGGAUUGCCCCGCUACUAUCGGCACGACGCCCCUUGAUUUCCCGGGUUUCACUUCGCAGGCUGUGAAGAUCAUCAAGUCUUUCGCUCAACAGCUGGGAACCUCCCAGAGCGAGGACUGUCUGUACUUGAACGUAUGGACGCAGCCCAAGACCUCGACCUUGAAGCCCGUCUUGGUUUUUAUUCACGGUGGUCGUUUCACUGUCGGCGGUGCCAACAGUCCUUUCUACGAUGGACAGCAUCUGGCUGCGAACGAGGAUGUGGUGGUCGUGACCUUCAACUACCGGUUGAAUAUCUUUGGUUUCUCGGGCGCUCCGGGACUGACCCAGAACGUUGCGCUCCUCGAUCAGCGUAUGGCCGUGGAAUGGGUCCAUGAUAACAUCGCUGCGUUCGGUGGAGAUCCGGAACACAUCACUAUUUUUGGACAGUCGGCUGGCGGUGCGUCUGUUGACUACUAUUCAUACAUUUGGACCGAGAAGCCGCUUGUCAGCGGCCUCAUCUCCCACUCGGGAACGGCACUCAGCUUCAAGCCAAACACUGCCGAGGAGUCGGCCAGCUACUUCUACCACGUCUCCAAGACUCUGGACUGCGGUGACAGCGGCGACGAUGUCGAGGAAGUCGUGAAAUGUCUCCGUAAGCAGUCCUACGGAGAUAUUUUGAAGGCCGUUGCCAAGGUCCCUGCCGCAUCGUCGCCUACCAUUCCUCAACCCGUCUUCCAUCCGACCGUUGACGACGUUACCGUCUUCAGUGACUACGCAGAGAGGUCUGCGGCCGGAAAGUUUGCCAAACUGCCUUAUCUGUGCAACAGUAACGAAAACGAGGCCGGCUACUACCGCGUCAACGCCUUUGCCGCCAGUCUGACCCUGACCAAUGAGGACUGGGACCAGUUCAACCUGGCCGCCUUCACUUGUCCCAGCGGCGAUGCUGCCAAAGACCGUGCUGCCAACGGAGUUCCCGUUUGGCACUCGCGCUAUUUCGGUGAUUGGGACAACAUGCGCCUGUAUCCCACUAGCGGAGCCUACCACGGAGUCGAUUUACCCAUGGUGUUCGGCAAUUCUGACGACAUCAGUGCGGUGUCUAGCUCCACGGAGGAGCAAGAGUUCUCCAAGUAUAUGACCUCGGCAUGGGUGGCGUUUGCCCGUGAUCCUCAGAAGGGGCUGACCAAGUUCGGGUGGCCCCAGUAUGAUACCAACAGUAAGUGUCCUUUCUUUGCUUUGGUACCCUUCAUUCUAACUUCUGGUGCAGAGAACACGCUUAUUGGUCUUGCACGCAAGAACAGCACGAAGGCGGAGUUCCUCAACCCCUCCGACUUCCAAAAAGGCUGUGCUGCCUUGGACGGGGACACCACGCCUGGCAAAGGUGCUUUUUAGUUUUAGCGGAACGUAACAUAUUGUUCCAUUCUCCAUAAAUUCCACAGAAAUCAAUAGCUAGAGUCAUCAAUUAUUCGCAGUCUGUCAUCAAGAAUGACUGUCUCUGGUCGAUAUGCGAUGCUUUGUAACCGGUUUUAGUCGCAGUAUUGUGCAUUUGUUGUCCCAUUCGCCGGGUCUCGUAUUUCAUAUCUCACCAUUGUGCAGAUUCAAAUCGGCCGGCAGAUUCUGUGGGUGCUCGUAAACAAUGCGGCCCAUCAACCAACCCCGUUGAUACGAGCCAACAACUU